UCCCCUCCCUCCCCUCCCUCCCCUCCCCUCCCUCCCCUCCCUCCCCUCCCUCCCCUCCCUCCCUCCCUCCCUCCCUCCCUCCCCUCCCUCCCCUCCCUCCCUCCCUCCCCUCCCUCCCUCCCUCCCCUCCCUCCCUCCCCUCCCUCCCCUCCCUCCCUCCCCUCCCUCCCCUCCCCUCCCUCCCCUCCCUCCCCUCCCUCCCCUCCCUCCCCUCCCUCCCCUCCCUCGCCCCCCUCCCUCCCCUCCCUCCCUCGCCCCCCUCCCUCGCCCCCCUCCCUCGCCCCCCUCCCUCCCCUCCCUCGCCCCCCUCCCUCCCUCCCCUCCCCUCCCUCGCCCCCCUCCCUCCCUCCCCUCCCUCCCUCGCCCCCCCUCCCUCCCUCCCCCCCUCCCUCCCUCCCCUCCCCUCCCUCCCCUCCCUCCCCUCCCUCCCCUCCCUCGCCUCCCUCCCCUCCCUCGCCCCCCUCCCCUCCCUCCCCUCCCUCCCUCGCCCCCCACCCCCUCCCCCCUACCCCCUCCCCCCCAUCCCCCUCCCCCCCAUCUCCCCCCUCCCCCCCAUCUCCCCCCUCCCCCCCAUCCCCCCAUCCCCCGAUCCCCCCCCCCACAUCUCCCCCCAUCCCCCCCUCCACAUCUCCCCCCAUCCCCCCCUCCACAUCUCCCCCCAUCCCCCCCUCCACAUCUCCCCCCCUCCACAUCUCCCCCCCUCCCCAUCUCCCCACCCUCCCCAUCUCCCCACCCUCCCCAUCUCCCCACCCUCCCCAUCUCCCCACCCUCCCCAUCUCCCCACCCUCCCCAUCUCCCCAUCUCCCCCCUCCCCACCCUCCCCAUCUCCCCCCCUCCCCACCCUCCCCAUCUCCCCCCCUCCCCACCCCCCCAUCUCCCUUCCUUCCCACCCCCCCAUCUCCCUCCCUCCCCCCCUCCCCCAUCACCCCCCUCCCCCAUCACCCCCCUCCCCCAUCACCCCCCUCCCCCAUCUCCCCCUCCCCCCCACCCCCACUCCCCCCCCACCCCCACUCCCCCCCACCCCCACUCCCCCCCCCACCCCCACUCCCCCCCCCACCCCCACUCCCCCCCCCACCCCCACUCCCCCCCCAACCCCCACUCCCCCCCCAACCCCCACUCCCCCCCAACCCCCACCCCCCCCCACCCCCACUGCCGUCAAUCCCUCCCCGUUCUCUGCCGUCAAUCCCUCCCCGCAUCUGUUAUUCUGUCUAG